AAGCUGCGGCGGAAUCUGGAGGGAGCAGGUUUGGUGAAGGCGCGGCCUCAGGGAGAGGGGUGCACGACACGCAUCCCCCACACUUACCCGAACCACUCGGGAGCCUCGCGACAACCCGUGUCCCACUUGUCUAUCUGCUCUGUGCGUCCUCUUCGCGCCCGCCUCCUCUUGUCACCUUCCGAAUCACCCUCCUCGCUCCAUCCCCGCUGCAUCCACCGCCAUCCGAGCGCCUCAGUGAGCAGGAGGUGGUGCGCUCAGCUGCAGGGCGCGCCCUCAAGCCUGCAAGGUCCCAGGCUUGGCGUUAAGGGGCACUGGCGACAGCAUGGACACCAAGCGCUGCUUUGCCAACCGCUUUGAUGACUACCAGGGCAGCCUGCUGGCAGGCCAGUGCGAAGAGGCAGUGGGGCCCUUGGUCACCGCCACCAUCGAGCGCAUUCUCCAGGAGCUGCCCCCUCUCGGGAGUGCCACUGAGGCCCGGGGGGCAGCGACCGGGGCCAGUGGCUGCCAAGGGGGACUGUACGGCGGCGUGGCGGGGGUAGCUUACAUGCUCUACCACGUCUCACAGAGUCCGCUCUUCGCCGCGGCCCGGGAGCGCUACCUGCGCUCGGCUAAGCGCCUCAUCGACGCGUGCUCUCGAGCAGAGGAGUGGGGCGAGCCGGACGCCGACACCCGCGCCGCCUUUCUGCUCGGGGGAGCGGGCGUGUACGCGGUGGCCACACUCGUCUACCACGCCCUGGGUCGGUCCGACUACGUGCAGCCUCUGGGCAAGUUCCGGGCUCUGUGCGCCGUCUGUGCGCCUGUCUCCUUCCUUGAGUGUGGCUCGGAUGAGCUGUUCGUGGGCCGCGCAGGCUACCUGUGCGCCGCGCUGGUGCUCAAGCAGAAACUCGCCCAGGAGGUGCUGACCCCGGCGCAGAUCAAAUCAAUAUGUCAGGCAAUUCUGGACUCUGGGAAGCAGUAUGCCAUUAAAAAAAGGAAGCCGUUCCCUCUGAUGUAUUCUUAUUAUGGAACCGAAUACUUGGGGGCAGCUCAUGGGCUGUCAUCCAUUCUCCAAAUGCUUCUUUCUUACCAUGAGCACCUCAAGCCCUCUGACCAGGAGCUGGUGUGGCAGAGUGUGGACUUCCUCAUGGAGCAAGAACAGAACUGCAACUGGCCACCUGAACUUGGCGAGACCAUUGAGAGAGAGAACGAGUUGGUCCACUGGUGCCACGGCGCCCCAGGAAUUGCCUAUCUGUUUGCCAAAGCUUAUCUUGUUUCCAAGAAACCACAGUACCUGGACACCUGUAUCCGGUGUGGAGAACUCACCUGGCAGAAGGGCCUGCUAAAGAAGGGACCAGGAAUUUGCCAUGGUGUAGCUGGCAGUGCCUAUGUCUUCUUGCUGCUUUACCGGCUCACAGGAAACUCUAAAUACAUCUACCGAGCCCAAAGGUUUGCUGAAUUCUUGUUUACUGAGGAGUUCAAAGCUGGUUCACGAGUUCUUGAAAGUAUCUACAGCUUGUAUGAAGGUUUCUCCGGGACAGUGUGCUUUCUGAUUGAUCUACUGCAGCCCAAUCAGGCUGAAUUCCCUCUCUUCAGUGUGUUUGUUUAGAAGGCACCGUCUUUUCCACUGUGGCUCCCGAGAAGGCCCCUGAG